AUUCAAACGACCCGAUAAAAGCGGCAAUAAAAAUACGAAAGAUAAUAAACGAAGCUCAUCGGAAAAACAAGACGGGCCUAAGGAAAAGAAGCAAGCUAAAAAGCAGUUGCUGUCCUUUGGGGACGAAGACGAGGAAGAGGAUAGCUGAAGUAGGCUGGACAUCAGAUAUUGCCAUAUACAGCUGUUGAAUUUCGUCAGGUAUCUGAUGAAUGCCGUAGCCCUUCAAGUUUCGCCUCGGAAGCAUUCCUCCACGCCUGCUGACUUUUUCUUGAUAAGAGAGGAGGCUCAGUCGAAAAUGAUGGAGUCGUGCAACGAUUGCCCUGAAAGGGAUGCUCCCAUGAAACAGCACAGUCAAGAACCACCCAAAGACGAGGUGAAAUUGAAUGGUGAGAUUAAUGGCUCUUAUGAGGAAGAGGAGGACGACUUAGUUGACGAUAGAUCUCAAGAAGAUAGCCAUACAAAUGGUGAAAUUACAUCCACCACUGAUCAAGUGCCUUCACAAGAGAAUGGUAUAGAAAAAAUGGAAAUGGAUGUCGAUGUCAACACCGAAGCUGAGACCGAGCUCGAAGAAAUUGAAAAUCAUACAGAUCUUGAGCAUGAGGCCGGCCAUGAACCCUGUUAUGACGAAGAGGAAGUUUCUGAGCUGAUGGAGGCUGACGACGACGACGACGAUGAUGAUGAAAUCCUCGAACUGCCUGCUGGUGAUGGUAGCGAAAAGGAAGUUAGUGAUAAAGAGGAUUAUACGGGUGUGGAUGAUAGUGAAGUGAAAGACUCUGAUGAUCAUAUGGACCAAGACAGUGAAAACAGUGUUAGUGAAAUUAAUAGGACUGAAAGUGACAGCCUAACUGUCACUCCGAGCAACGGUCGCUCGGAAGAACAGACUGAUAAAUUAAAAUACGAGUUGAGAAAUGACAGAGAUAGGGAAGCUAAAAAAAUUCAACUUAGUAAAGAAUUAGAGGACCUUACUAAAAUUGGAUCCAGAGGAUCUCUAGAAAUAACACUUGUCAAAAAGGAAGCACCAAAAGAUAAAUUGAAAAAAGAAGAGGCCAAGAAAAGAGAAAUAGAUGUUGUUACAAUAGCAGAUGAUUCAAAAGAUUCCGUGACGAAGACACCGGAGAAAGUUUCUGAAGAUGAUGACUGCAUUGAAAUUUCUCCUGAAAAAUCUGCGCCAUUAAAAAAGAAGAAAACACAGCAACCUAUAAAUGUAACACCUCGACGUAGCUCUCGUAACAUAAACAAAAAUAAAUCGUACUCUGACAAAGAUGUCUAUAUAGAAGAAAUAGACAAAAAAUCUGAUGAUGACAUACAGGAAAUUAUACCUACUGAUCCGUUGGCAGAUGACAAACGGAAAAUAAAGAAAACCACCAUUGUUGUUAAUGAUACCAAAAAAUUGGUUGAAAUUGCUGCAGGGAGCAAGCAAAAUAGAUUGGGGAAAAAAGAGCCUACAUUGGUCAUCAUAGACACAAAUUCGAUAUUGUCUGGUAAAGGCCCAGUUCCUGUAAGCCAGCAGUCAAAUCAAAUGCCAAACGCAAUGUCUCAGAUGUCUUUUAAUCAGUCUGCAUCAAGGCAAGGGUUUUCUAUGGUUCCUGUCAAUGUGAAUGCAUUCCAGAACAAACAAAUGAAAUCUACACCAUCUCCUCAGCAUCAAAUUCAACAAUCACAGACCAAACCUGUUAUUUUACCAUCUUUAACAGAUGACAUGUACGUUGUGGAAGCGCCUUCUUUCAUAGUUCCUUAUGUUUAUGAAAAACCUCCGGUCACUCCGUUGAAAGAUUAUGUAGAUGACAUAGAGAAAGCUAUUAAAGAGCAAGAAAAGGAAGAGAAAAGAAAGAAGAAGGAUAAAACUAAAAAUGACAAAGAUUCUGACAAGGCCAAAGAUGAAACUACAUCUGAUAAAGUAAAAGAAGAGACAUCUGAGAAAGAUGAAGAGGGGAAGAAAUCAGAUAAAGAAAAAUCAGAUGAAAAAAUGGAUGUUGACAAAGAAGUUAAUGAAGAAACUGAAAAGGAUAGUGAAAAAGGAAUGGAUAUUGAUUCAGAGGAAAAGGUUGAUAAAAAGGACUUAAAAUCUAAAGCUGAUGACAGGAAAUGUCAAAAAGAAAAAACUGAUGAUGAUAUUGAAAGUGAUACUAAGAGUAUAAAAGAUGAUAAAAGGAGCGAGAAAAGUGAUACCGAGACUGACGAUGAAGGGAAAGACAGUGAUUCUUCCAGUAAGAAAGAUAGCGAUAGCGUUGAAAUAGUAUCUGACCGAGGCAAAAGAAGUGAAAAUUACUUUGAAAAUCCUCUUGGAAAAUUCUUUAUGCAAAUUGGUGUGAAUUUAGUACAGGAACACGUUCAAACCGACCUGUUGAGAAAUCAAAAAAGAAAACAAGACAGAGAAGGGAAGAACUGUCCCGCUGAAGUACAAAUGGCCAUAGAUUCUCUUCUAAGAACCUUAGAAUUUAGCAAGGAGAAUAACAAGCCUUACAAACUCGAAAUGCAAAAGUGUAAACUUUGUAAUUUCAAAACUGAAUCGGCAUUGGUCAUGGCACACCAUUUAGAGACGCCUCAUAUGAGAAAUUACGUUUAUAGGUGUAAUUUCUGUAACUUGGAAGUCCGGAGUCCUCAUGAUAUCCUCUUUCACAUGGAGGCUGAGCAUAAUGUCAGAGGCAGACUGGAAAGAGCGCCGGCUUAUCAUCAGUGUCCCAACUGUCCGUUUGAAGACAACCAGAAAGGAAAGUUAAGCCGACAUCUCCUAUCAUGUGCAAAGAAAUACAAACCAGAGAGGAAUCAAGAACCGCCUAUGGACUGGGAACCGCCGGCUAAAAUACCCAGAGUCAGAGGUUCUAGGAUCGGUUUGGGUGGUGGCUCCCUCUAUUCAGCUUCCCUAGCCCCAAGAGCGGGUGUUCCGAUGGCUAGGUUACCCUCUCCAUCGGGUCACUCGGUCCUGGCCUCUAGGGGUAGGGGGAGACCACCCAUUUACAUCAAUAGAAAUCUACCUGAUGGUAGAUCGUCUCCUCAUCACAAAUUCUCUCAUAUGCGAGCAGGAGCAGGUAUGGUUUUUAGACCAUCAGGAUCAAACGCACAGCCACCAGUCCUGUUACCAUCACCGUACAACAAUUUAUAUCAGAAAGGAAAUUCAGCUUCUUCUGUGGCUGCUGCAGCAGCAGGUGCGACUGCAAAACUUCUGCAACAGCCAAGCAUUUCCAUUACCCCGCUACCUCGACAACCGACGUCUGUCAUCAACACUUCGCCUCAAAUGCAGCCUUUUAUGGCCAAACCUGGAAGGCCACCCGGAACUUCGAAGUCAUCGUUCGUAAUCUGUGAAAUUUGUGAUGGUUACAUCAAAGAUUUGGAACAAUUAAGGAAUCACAUGCAGUGGAUUCAUAAAGUGAAAAUUCAUCCCAAGAUGAUAUAUAACAGGCCUCCUUUGAAUUGUCAAAAAUGCCAGUUUAGGUUCUUUACAGACCAAGGAUUGGAGAGGCAUCUUUUAGGUUCACACGGUCUAGUUACUUCAAGCAUGCAAGAGGCGGCCAACAAGGGUAAAGACGGAGGAAGGUGUCCAGUGUGCGGACGAGUAAGUAACAUUUUUUACAAACAAAAAUGCACUUUGUGUUUUUGUGUUUUACCCAUUUUAUAUUUGAAUUUUUUUUUUUUUUUUCAAAUUAAGGUAUAUCAGUGGAAGCUGCUGAACCAUGUCGCACGUGAUCAUAGCAUGUCUCUGAAGCCUGCGCACCUCUCGUACAAAUGUACAGUAUGUACAGCGACAUUCGGAAUGUACAAGCAGUUUGAAAACCAUGUAUACUCGGCACAUAGUGUGGUUGCCAAGAGGGUUAUGGAUAAGAAACCAAACACACCUCAGCCUUCAACUAGCUCUAGCUCUCAGAGCGACACUCUUCUUAAACCCCUUAAAAUAAACGAUGAAAUAACUAUAAUACCUCAACCAGCGAGAGCAAAAACGAAAUCUCAACCAGCACCUUCCAAACCAGCCAAGGUUUAAUUAAAUCGCAAGUGGUCGAAAGCACCAAGACCCUUAGUGUAAUUAGAGUGAGGAUUGAAUAUGAAAAAAUAAUUCUUUUUUUUUUUUCUUUUUCAUAAAUUAUUUCACUUAUGUUGUAUAUAAAUUGAUAAGUGAGUGUUAAAUAGCAUUGGUAAUAAGACAUUAACAGUUUUUAAGUUAUCUGGUGUAAUUAUAUAUUUUUUAUAUUAAUAAUAAUUAAAUAGUAAAAUAAUAAUGAUGUAUAUGUAUUUCCUUUGUGACACGAUAACAAAGAGGAAAGAUUUAUUUCUUAUCUUUACAAAAAAUAAAAACAAAAAACUUCAGUUGUACAAUAGUUGCUGGAUUGUAUUUUUACCCUGACAUGUGGGCAAUGCAACAAUUAUUUUUAUAGUAACGUAAAAUAGUACUCUUUGUAGAUACUAACGUAUGUAUUAUAUUUAGGCCAAUUUUCUUAUACAUUUCUCCUCUAAGGGUAAAAUGGUAGUUGAUAUUUGUAUUAUUUCAUAGAAGAACAAAAUAGAUUGUCAUAAUUGCUUUUGCACUUGCACUUGUCAGUUUAUUUUGUAUUUAAAAGUAAAAGGAAAAAUAUUUAAGGUUAUACACAUUAUAUUACUAUAAGUAAAAACACAUUAAUAGUGUAUAUUGUAUACGGACUUUGUAUAUAUAUAAAAUUAAAAAAACGUUCGUGGGAUGAAAGUUUACAAAAUUUAUAUUACUCAAGUGCAUGGGCAAAAUCAUUACUCAUGAAAAAUAACUGCAUAUUAAGAAAAAAUGAAAAAAAUUGUAUAACAAAAAAAUAUAAAAUACAAAAAGAAAAAAUCAGAACAAAAAGGAAAUGUGUAACUCCCUUCUUUCUGGGAGUCAGCUUUGGGCAUUCCAGUGGUAAAACGAAAUUAUCAAAUCAAUUAAUUUUGUCAAUAUAUUUAUUUUUUGAAGUUAAUAUUAAUUAGGCAAAAAAAACAAGUUAUGAUUAAAUUUAAUAUUUUUCUUUUAAGUGCAAUGUUAUUCUCUUUUUAUCUCUUACCCAUUGUAGACACUGGGAUCGCCGUAAAUAGGGAGGUAUGGAUUUGUUUGAUAAACAUUAUAUUCCAAUAAAACAUAUAAUAUUUUG